CUACCGGUGCUCACCUUGCACCUCGCGCCAUUCUUCACCAUGGCCGACGACGCGAAGCAUGCUACGCUUGCCCCGCCUGCUGUCACUGCACUGAGGCAGGAGGCAGCAUCCAAUGCUGUACACCGUGUCCAAAUGGAACGCACUGUGAGCGAGGACAUGCGGACCGAGCGGGACGACUUGAAAGAGGCUGCCGAACACAGCCUGAACGUCAUCAUGGACCUCGGCAUGGAUGGCAACAUACGUUAUGUUAGCAAAUCAUGGAAAGACGUCGUGGGAACAGAUCCCGAAGAUGUGAUAGGAAAGCCUGUGGCAGACCUUUUACUCGGCAAUCCCGAUCAAUUCGCAGAGACCGUCGAAUCCAUCAAGAAAGAUGACUCUCGAAGCCACAUUACCCGCUUUUCAAUGCACUUGGGUCCACAGUCGGUCUUCAGACGGAAGCCUUCGAAGCACAUCGAGAGCGGAGAGCAAGACCCUGACCAAGAUGCGCUCCCCAAGGAGGAGGAGGAGGAGCAUUUGGACGAUGACGACGACCAGAUCAUCAACUUGGAAGCUCAGGGUAUAAUGGUCUACGACCGAACUACCGGCGCCGAAAGCCAUACAAUGUGGAUGAUUCGUCCAUCGGUCGUUCGAGAAGUCACGAUUGACCUACCGGAAGUUCUUGUUGAAUCCCUUGGUGUCGGUGCAGAGAUGCUUGCUCAUUAUCUUACCGGUCUAGCCGAACAGGCUACCAAUGACCCGGGAAGUCAUCCGCCGCCUCCCCCUGUGCUCUGCCGGAUAUGCGAGCGCCAAAUCACUCCUUGGUGGUUUGAGAAGCACACGGAACUUUGUCUGCAAGAGCAUCGCGCCGAAAUGGACGUUCAGAUGGCACAAGAGACGCUCUCGGAGCAUCGAAAUGCCAUUGUCAAAGUCUUGGAUGCUUUGGAGGCUCAGAAUCGCCCGACCCGAGCCACUUCUGGUGAAGCUGUACAACCCCCCCAGCUCGCCGAGUACAAAGGCUGCAUCAUCCAACCUACAUCUACCCCUUCUUCUGGUACUCCUUCGGGGCGUAAUUCCCCAGCUUCGCCGCCUUCACAGUCUCGAGAUCGAUCGACAGGAUUCGGUCAUCAUCGAGCACGUUCAUUUGCUGUUAGAAGGCCCCUAGCCCGCAUUGUCGAGCUUGUUCUUGACCUUUGUGACACUGCUCUCGAAGUCAGUACCCCAGCCGUCAAGGACAGUGCGAGGACACAGUCCAUAGCCGAAAUACGUACUCAGUCACCGCAAUCGGAGAAUCGCAUCUCCCAGGUGCUGCAGUGGCAAUCGCCUGCCACGAGCUCCACUGAUCACUGCGAUGGUCUGAAGCUACUAUGCGACGAUACGAAUAAGCAGGCGCGAGCAAAAGUGGAUGCAGUGUUCCGUCAUAGGCGGAUCUUGGAAUACUCCGAACGCAUCCGUGUCGAAUUCGACAUCCUGGUGCAGGAAUGCAUCGAGGCUGCCAUGGCCAAAGCGGCUCGCAUAGCUGCAGGAGAAGACAGCUCGACCGAUGAGGAACUCCAAGGAGAUGACUCGCCUCCGAGCGCAAACGACAUACCUACAGGCGAAGAGGGCAUCUUCCCAGGCUCAUUCGAGGGCCCCUCCUCCAUGGCACAGGCCCUGCGGAAUGCAUCCGAUCCUUCACUGCCAGCUCGUCUUAGCCGCAGGGAAUCAUCUGUUGCAUGUUCCACAAGGUCAAGCAGUCCCAGAGGGGGCUGCCAGACGCCACGCUCCCAUGCCGGUGCAAGCGCGAUUAAUAUUGCUGCGACCCAGAACAAACGACAUUCGAUGCACUUUGAGAGUGACGCUGGCGCCGAAAGCGACAGUAGCUUACGGUCCUCGUCUGUCAUGUCAGGGCCCAGGCGCGCCGACUCUCCCUCAUCUGAACUGGGCCUCAGCAGGGUCACAACUUCGCGGGAACGGAAGCGGAAGAGCUUAAUCUUACCAAGCGUCAUGACAAGUCGCCAGCAAUCACCUGCACGGUCCAUGAUUCCGCCCUCGUCGCCAUUGAGGACGAACAAACCCCGACUUCCCAGCAGUGCUGAUGCACUACAGUCACCCAUCACCUCCCCAGUCCUGACCACCACAGAAUUCUCUUCUCCCGCUUUGCAUCAAAUAGGCCAUCACCGGCGUCAGUCAUCCACAGCUGGCUCUGAUGGACCCAAGCCUGUUUCCCCUCGGCUUCCGCCAGUCACACAACCUCAACCACGCGCACUCCCUCCUUCUAUCAAAGACUUCGAGGUCAUCAAACCAAUAAGCAAGGGCGCUUUCGGUAGCGUAUACCUUGCGAAAAAGAAGACUACUGGAGAGUACUACGCCAUCAAAGUGCUGAGAAAGGCAGACAUGGUAGCCAAAAACCAAGUCACGAAUGUCAAGGCCGAGCGAGCGAUUAUGAUGUGGCAAGGCGAGAGCGACUUCGUGGCAAAGUUAUACUGGACGUUCUCUAGCAAGGACUACCUGUAUCUUGUCAUGGAGUACCUCAAUGGUGGCGACUGCGCUUCUCUGAUCAAAGUUCUCGGCGGACUACCUGAAGAUUGGGCAAAGAAAUAUCUAGCUGAAGUCGUCCUUGGCGUGGAACAUUUGCACAGUCGAGGAAUUGUUCAUCGCGAUCUGAAGCCAGAUAAUCUUCUUAUAGACCAACAGGGUCAUCUCAAGCUCACUGACUUUGGUCUUUCCCGUAUGGGUCUGAUUGGACGUCAAAAACGAGCACUCAAAUCCAAUGAGCCGGCCCCCGAUCUUUUGAAGACCGGCCCCUUUCACCGCGCUACAUCAGUCGGAUCCUCUCGGUCAGCUUCUUUUGAUCUCAAUCCAUCUCCGUCUCAAACGCCGAGUAUGACUCCCGCGCUAGCAGGAGAUCUUGGGCAGCCUUCGUAUUUCAGUCUCAGUCGUGAAAGCUCCACUGCGCGCGAGCCAUCGCGGAGAGUAUCAGGCAAUCGGAGUGAUAGCGGCGACAGUGAUGCGCUGCAGACCAUGUUCCGCCGCUUCUCCAUCAUGGAUGAUCAGCUCGUGGCACCUCGGUCUCGUUCGCCCAUUGAGGAGGAGGCAUACAGCGACGAAGGAUCCCCCGAUCUUUUUCCUUUGGCACCGACAAUGAGCCAGUCUAGUGUUGCUCAAAAUUCGACCGCGGUGAUGCCUCCCCCACCCAUGGCACUUUUCGAUCCUGAAGACAACAAUCGACGUUUCGUUGGAACGCCCGACUACCUAGCCCCUGAGACUAUUGCAGGCAGUGGUCAAGAUGAGGUCAGCGAUUGGUGGUCCUUGGGCUGCAUCCUCUUCGAAUGCCUCUAUGGCUAUCCACCCUUCCAUGCCGAGACUCCUGACGAAGUGUUCCAAAAUAUCCUUGCGCGCAAGAUCGAUUGGCCCGAGAACGAUGAAGAUUAUGGCGUGUCCGACGAAGCAAAGGAUCUCAUGAACAGACUGAUGUGCAGUGAUCCUAAAAAACGAUUAGGCGCCAACAUGGACGACAAAUUUGGCAGUGGUGGUGAAGAGAUUCGAAGCCAUAUAUGGUUCGAGGAUAUCAACUGGGAUACUCUUCGCGAAGAUGAAGCUUCCUUCAUCCCUGCGCCGGAAAACCCUGAGGAUACGGAAUAUUUUGAUACCAGAGGUGCUGCCAUGACAAACUUCCCUCCUGAGUUUGAAGAUCAGGGGACAUCUUCCGCAGGUACACCCAGCGCGGAUUACCCUGAUCGGCCUCAUGAUGCUUUGUCUCGCGUGCGUUCGCAGGUCAGUGUCACAACCAUGAAGCGUGGCCUGAUUCCCUUGCAUAUUCCCGCACACAUUCGUGAGGGGCGAACGAGGAGGCUUAGUGAGCCAAUGGCUACCGACAGUUUCGGUAAUUUCAACUACAAAAACCUGCCGGUUCUUGACAAAGCCAACAAAGACAUCAUCCAAAAAAUGCGCGCUGAAGGGAUGCAUGUUCCCAGCAAAGCAACAUCGGCAGUAGUAUCACCCAGCAUGACCUCCCCAUCGCCAUCUCUGGAAUCUAGUCCGCAUAUCGCUGCUCCCCUCUUGAAACGCACACUGUCCACCAACAAGCAGGGCCAUCGGCCGUCAUCUCCAUCCAUCAGCGGCCCCGCCUCCUCUCCCAGUCGAGGUUCACAACCCUCUUCCCCGUUGCUGGUUCAGUUCAGCACCGGUCAGCAUCACGAGAGGCGCAAAACAUCCGCUGGCAAUUCUUCCACCCUCUCGCAUGCGACGAGCAAUCCUUCAUCACUUCAGCCAGGCAACUUCUUCGAGGUCCCUCGUUCUUCGGGGUUGAGACCUUCACCUGAUGCUGUUUCGCCAAUAAAGUUAUCCAAGACACCUACAGCAGCCCCUGGCUCGACUCCUGACAAAAUUAAUGGCCAACGUCAUAGCUCGCUUGGACAAUCCAGUGCACCUUCUCCACGGUCUAGAUCCCACACGAUGGGAUCCCAGGAAGAUGAUGUAGUGCGUGAUCUCCUUCCUAAUCACUAUAAGCGGAGAAGUCAGGUGCUGGACGUAUCACCUUCAUCAUCUGAUACCGAAGAUUCUCGUCAGAAGGCGCUCUUGCGUGUUCAAAGGCGUAGGCAAAGCUCUCGUCGUCUUUCACAAAUCAGUCUCGCUGAUGGCCCCAUCUUUCGAUCUCUGGAUGUCUUGGUAUGCGAAGACCACCCAGUAUCACGUCUGGUUAUGGAGAAGCUGUUAGAGAAAUUGCGAUGCCGUACUCUGACGGUAACCAACGGGUCAGAAGCUGUGCGUUACGCAAUGGGCGAGGUCAAAUUUGAUAUCAUCAUGAUGGAAUAUAAACUCCCCCAAGUCAAUGGCGCCGACGUUGCACGGAUGAUCCGAGAUACAAAGAACGCCAACUCAAUGACGCCAAUUGUUGCAGUAACCGGUUAUCUCAAGGAUUUGCAGGCUCCUCACCACUUUGAUGCGCUGAUUGAAAAGCCGCCCACCAUCGCCAAACUCUCAGAUACUCUCGGAAAACUCUGCCAGUGGAAGCCUCCCCCACCCAACUGGACACCAAGUAUGUAUCCAUCCAUGAUGCCUUCUGGUCUUCGCCAAGAGUCCAGUCGUCAAGAAGAUAGUCCAACGUCCAACUCAUCUGGCUUCCCCCCUGUCCCAUCUGGAAGUUACCGUGGAUCCAGUCGGGAGGAUUCGAUCAGUUCGAGUUUUUUCGGCGACAACGAUAGUCGCACCGGCGACGAUAUUCCCGUUGUCAUAGCGAGACACAACGAUGAUUGGCGCGAGCGUGAUCUGGCCCGUGCAAUGGGUGGACUAGGUAUAAACACAGAAGAUGCAGUCCCCGUCGAUCCUAAAGAAGUGGGGGAGGUGCUUACGAGGCCACCUGCGGUUCCGUCACACGAAUCCGCGCCAGCCAUUCUGGAAGACGCUACUAUUCGACGACAGCGAUCUGCCGAAAUGGUUGGUACCAAGCGCCGUAUAAUCGAAACGCGCAAACACGAAUCUGCUGAAUCGGGCGACGAUGAGGACGAUGAGCUUGGCAAUGCAAAUGCGCGCUCAAAGAGUCCCAAAACACGCCCAAGAUCGUCAAAGCUUGGCAUCGAGAUGCUUCGCACAAACAGCAGGGGAAGUGUGAUAUCAGUCGAAGAUGUUGGCGCACCCGAGUCAACAUUACCUUCGUCUCCUCCACCUGCCAUCACCGAAGAUAGGCAUGCCGAAGAGCGCGAGGCCAUUGCCGACAUACCACCCGUGUCGCUUACACCGCCUGAGAUCUUCCCGCGCAAGCCAGGAGGGGAAGCGCAAGAAGUUCAGCUCGAAACCCCAAAAGCGAGUAGUAGGUCACCCGCAGAAUCGGAUCAGGAUCCUACCCCGCGGCCCAACACGUCACUUGACUUGUAGAUCCCCCUCGGCUUUUUUAUUCUCUCUUGUCGAUAAUUUGCUUGAGCAUUGUCAGGUGGCUAGGCAGCCAGCUCAUAAUGGAUGGGACAAGCAUGUGUGGGUCACUUUGUAUUAGUCGAUCUUUCCUUUUCUCGUUUUCAUUCAUUAUCUUCCAACUCACAUUUGUUUCUUUUGUUUCA